AUGUUUAAUACCUCCUUCUCCAUUGUUUUUUGUACUGCGUUUUGUUUCCGCAGAGUUGUUUGGGAGAACGUUACUCUACAAGACAAACAAGAAGUUGGUAAUUUCACAUUUAGCGCAACGCUUCAUAAAAAUGGUGAUAUAGUGUUUGCUUAUUUCAAUGUGCCGAUUCUAAUAGAAUCAAUACAAGACGAUAAGCAUCCCGUGAAAGUAGGUUUGUCCGAUGCGUAUAUUAUCGAUAAAGUUAUUUACUUCACUCGUCGAAAAACGAUUUACGAAUAUCACCGAGUAAAUUUUGCUCAUGAAGAUAUUACAAAUUCGACAAUUAUACACCUAACAGCUUUACCAACCUGCCUCGAUUACACUGAUUGCAUUUCUUGUAUUAAUCAUAAGACUCAAUUUGAUUGUUCUUGGUGCCCAGCGUUGAAUAGGUGUUCCACUGGAACCGAAAGAAAGAAACAGGAUUGGCUACAAAAAAAUUGUGAACGCACACAAAUAUCAGACACUUCUUUAUGUCCAGCAUUAGGCCAAAAGGGAAACAAUGCCAACAAUAGCAAUAACAAUUCCACAGACUCAAAUACAAAUAGUAAUAGUAAUCAAACAGAUUCCUUACAUCCAUUGUAUCCCUAUGAGUCUGGUAAUACAACAACAACGCCGACCAACACGGGGACACUCAACAAAGCAGCACUAGAGCACACUCCAGAGAAGCAAAAAAGUGCAGGAGUGGUUUUAGGAUUUUUAACACCAGUUUGUUUAAUAUUGGUGAUAGCGUUAUGGGUGUUAUAUGCUUAUAGAAACCCUCAUACUAAAAGCGGUCAAUUGUUAAUACAGUCCAAGAAUUUGCAUCAGUACCGACCAAGUCAAUGGUCUUGGCGACGCGGGGAAGCUCGAUAUACAGCUGCUACAAUACAUAUGUGAAUAACCUAUUUUUACACUGUGGAAAAGAUGCCCCGACUUAUAAAUGUUUUUAUGUUUUCUUUGUUUUAUAUUGUUUAAUUGAUAGCAAGUGCAUAAAUUUUAUUGUAAUUAUCUCAGUAUCCUAAUUAAACAAGGAAGCGAUAAAUAUCAUAGUUUAUGAUAUUUAAUAUUUUUUAAAUUUUUGUAUUAAUGAAUUUAUAUUAAUAGAAUUAUAUUUUGAGUUAUUGUAACGAGUCUACAGAGUAGUGGUUUACGCGCCCUACUCUAAUAUUAAAAUGGAGGAUAUGAUUCCCAUUACGGUUUCUGGUAAUUUUAUAUUUUAAAUUUCUAUCCACACACCAGAUUAAUUGUAUAUUAAAUAUGUUUCAGCCUAUACCUUUCCUAAUUAAAUUAUUGAUUAUUUUACGUCUAACUUUUGUGAUUGUUAUUAUUUUUGCUGAAUUUUUAAAUAAAUUUCUUUACUGUAAUUUUACUCAAU